UGGCUUGUGGGUCUUGCUGUUUGCUGCAAUUCACUAUCAGUUAAACAAGCCUGCAACGUCUCAUCGGGAAACAACAUUCCCCAUGCUUCAUCGCUCGGUUCAAAGCAAGUACACCCCCACCCCCGGACCUGUCUGCCUGCACGUCUGUCAACUUGUGAUAGUAUUUUUCCGUUUUUGCUAGAUGUCUACCAAUUUGUACCUUUUACACUGAGACGAUAGCUAGAUCAUUUACUACUCAUGUCUACCAUCGUUCUUUAUUCCAUAAACAGAACGGCGCAAACCACCGUGAGACAAUGUUUGAUUCCUUAUUCAAAGGGAGCUUCCAGAGUCGACUCGCACCUUUCUGUCUUCCUUAAAACUUCAGUCCGCAGGUUAACUUCGCUUCCGAGAGUGAGAUGGGUUCCCAACUCUACUGGAGUGCGGUUCAUGUCCCUCGGGACAGCAGGCAGAACUGCACCCGGGCGAACCAGGAGAGGCGCAGUGCUUGUAGCUGGAGCAGCAGCGACAGUGGCGGGGUUUGUGGCCAGCGCUACUCACUUUCAGCGAGCUGAAAUGGCAUCGGUGAUCCCCAAAACCGAGGAGGAGGACACGGAGAUAGCGGAGAAAUGCAAGACAUUCAUGUCUCCGCCGUGUACCGAUGUCAAAGUUCUGCAGCAGAGGAAAGAAGAGAUGUGCACGAGGAUGGAGAUGCUGAUCAUGGAGACGCAGGCGGAGUUCUGCAGAGCGCUCGAGGAGGUGGACGGCGGCAAGUUCAAAGUAGACCGAUGGGAACGGAAAGAAGGUGGCGGGGGCAUCAGCUGUGUGCUGCAGGAUGGGAGGGUGUUUGAGAAGGCGGGGGUCAACGUGUCCGUGGUGUUUGGGAACCUGACCGAGGAGGCCGCCAAGCAGAUGCGCAGCAGAGGGAAGGUCCUCAAAGGAAAAGAUGGCAAGCUGCCGUUCUGUGCCAUGGGGGUGAGCUCCGUCAUCCACCCCACGAACCCCCACAUUCCCACAGUGCACUUCAACUACAGAUACUUUGAGAUAGAAGAAGGAGACGGUACUAAACAGUGGUGGUUUGGUGGGGGUACAGACCUGACUCCUACCUAUGUCAAUAAGGAGGAUGGUGCUCACUUUCACAACAGUCUGAAGGAGGCCUGUGACAAACAUCACCCUCAGUACUACCCCGACUUCAAGAAGUGGUGUGACCGGUACUUCUACAUCCCCCAUCGUGGCGAGACGCGGGGAAUCGGUGGCAUCUUCUUUGACGACCUGGACUCUCCCAGCCAGGAGGAGGCGUUCAGCUUCGUUAAGAGCUGUGCCCACACCGUGGUGCCCUGUUACCUGCCCAUUGUCCAGAAACACCUUAAUGACCCCUUCAGCCCAGAGGAGAAGGACUGGCAGCAGGUGCGAAGAGGAAGGUAUGUGGAGUUUAACCUGGUGUAUGACAGAGGGGUGAAGUUUGGACUGGCCACGCCAGGCUCCAGGAUCGAGAGCAUCCUCAUGUCCUUGCCUCUCACAGCCAAGUGGGAGUACAUGCAUGAGCCUCCUAAAGGCACCCUGGAGGCCGAUAUGCUGGAGGUGUUACAAAACCCCAAGGAGUGGGUCUGACACGGACAUUAACAUGGCAAUAACAUCCUGACUCGGCCUGUUGAUGACUGGAACAGGUGUCCGUCCCCUUUCGACUGCAGAUCAUUGCUUUUUCUCAUUGGUCAACUCAACUGCAAACUCUUCACAGAUACUAUUAGCUAUAGUGUUCACUGGAAAAACUCUCUUAUUGCUUUUACACUUUGUUUUAAUAAUGUCUGUCAGAUAAGCCUUGUUACCACUGCCUGAAUUGCUUUAUCAUGGAUGUCUUUUCCUUUUUGGAUCGAUUGCUUCAUCUGUUUUGUCUCUCAGUGCCCUCUGGUUGUUAGCCCUAACCCAGGAUGUUUGUCUCUCAGUGCCCUCUGGUUGUGUUCACCAGGCAGUCUAGGCACCAAACAGAUGGGAGGAAAAACUCUUCUCAUUUUGAGUUUCAAACUGUUUUCUUCCGUCUGUUCGUGCUGAAUGUGUACAAGAAGAAUGUGUACAAGAGAAAGUGGAUCUGAACCCCUCGGGGUUUGUGGGCUACGCCAUUGAUGUAAACAUAAUUAAAGAUGUUUUAAUAUCCUA